AUGAGGCGAAAAUGGAUCUGGAAGCAUUCGGUCCUGCUAGUACUGCUGGUGGGUCUGCUGCUCUGCACGAGCCUGGUGCAUGCAAAAAAUGAAGACAAUAUCCCUGAAGAAGUGGAUGAUGCAUACGCCGACGAGUACGACGAUGAGGCUUACGAUGAGGAAGACGAUACUGGUGGCUUACGGUCCAUCGAGCUAGACGACCGUAAACCAGGCAAAGGUGCUGACAGUGAUAAAUCGAGCGCAUCAUCCUAUACGACAACGGCGUCGGGGACACUCAAAUCAACGUCCACUACAACCAACAUCCCUGUUAUUAUUUUUAGUGAUGUGGAUGAUCACUCCAUAGAACAGGAAGAUUAUGCGUGUCCAAAAGAAUGCAGCUGUUCCGAGGGGACGAAAUUCGUAAACUGUUCCCACCGUUUGCUAACGGAGAUUCCGUACAAUUUGCCCAGCAAUGUGCUUCGGCUGGAUUUAAGUCACAACAACCUGAAGCGUCUGAACGUGGAAGCGUUUCAAAACUGCACUGCUCUUCAAGAGCUGCUGCUCGCCAAUAAUGUGAUCGAACAGUUUGACAAAGAGCUGCUAAUAAGGCUCGAUAAGCUAACGUUUCUCGAUCUGUCCUCCAACCAGCUAUCCCAUUUGGAUAGUGAUAGUUUUAGUGAGGCAAGCAAAUCCCUCCGCCGGUUAUAUCUAAACAACAAUCCACUCGCAUUGCCAGAUGACGGUACUUUUCUAGGACUACCGGAACUGGAGGAACUAUACCUCAUCGACUGCAAUCUGACCGAGUUGCCUGCUCAAGCGUUCAGUGAACUAGGUGGUCUCACUCUGCUCGAUCUCUUCGGCAAUCAGUUCGAUGAGGAUAUGAAUGUGGACGUGUUCGAACCAUUGAACAAUCUGAUUCAUUUGCGAAUGCCAUCAAUGUCAGAAAAUACAGUACGCGAAUUGUGCGACAGGGUUCAAAGGAUUGAUGUAAUUGAUAUAACGAAGCACAACAUAAGUUGUUUCUAUUUGGCGUCAGACACUUCAUUCGAAGACAGCAUCAUUGUUGAUUUGCCGAAAAUUCCGGAGCCCGUGACAAAAGAACCAACCACAACCCAAGCACCUCGAAAAUUAUUAAAGAAUAUCAAUGGGAUCAAUCAGGACUACAAAUCGUCCACGUCAAAGCUGCAAGUGGGCGAUCUAGCAUUUCAGGUUACAACACCGCAAUCUACGCAACAGAAUGUUGACCGCAAAUCAAAUGCAAGCAUGUCCUCUUCAUCGGCUGUGAAACCUUCCUUCCAAUCUGGUUCGCCAUCAUCCGCCUCCAUUACGCAUACUGGCGCUGCGUCGGAAGUGAACGGUGACAGCGAGGUGAUCAAGACGUCUUCGACAACUUCUAACCACAGCGAUGGUGAACAAUCUAUGCUAUCGUCGAUAACACCAGAAACUAUGAAGCAACUCCUAAUGGCAAUCAUAGGGGUUACCGUGCUAGGGCUGAUCAUCGGAUUGAUCUGUCGACGUACCGGUAUUAAGAACAAAUUAUGUGGAACGAAACGACGCCCAGCACCGACUGAUCAGGUGCGACCGGCCGAAGAGGUCCCUCUCAACAAGGUCUAGAAGAUCUUGGCUGCCUCCGGAAGGCAAACAGGGAUGCAAGAGAAAAACAUAAAUCGUGAUCACAACUGCGCCAUGAGAUCAACGCGUUAAGAAAUCAACGCAAAUAGGAUUCUCCUGCAAUAGUUUGAUCGUGCAUGUGAUAUUACUUACAAAGUAUUAGGUAACAUCGUCUUCGGUUAACUGUCAGCACUCUGGUGGUGGACAAGGCGCGCAUUAUAAUCAGUGCUAGGUUGAACUUAGAUACUUCUGAAAGGCUUCAAUUGAGUGCUUUAUUGUCUCGACACCAUUUUGUAAAUAUUCAAAUUGUUCAAUUCAAAUAAUACUAACCAAAGUUGAAGACAUACCUAUCGACGAAUUAAAUGCAUGGUUCAACAUCUAUAGGCUUCCAUGAAUUAAACCGCAUAGGCUAUCACUAUCGCAUAGGCUAUCACGAGUGAGCACACCAUGUUUCUAUCAUAUCUUUAUAUCAUCACCCUUUUUGGUACAUAUAUCAGCUUAAGAAAGUGAUAUUUCUAAGGGAUCGACGAAAGACACAGGAAAAAUAAAGGACAUUAUUUCCUAACAUUGAACUUGUAGAAGAACUAAUAGACCGUUUAAGUAAAGAAGUAAACCAUUGUCACUUUUCGGUGAAGAAACAGCACGCAAUUGUAAGCAGAAGUAGUCAUUAGAGAUACGCUUAGUAGCAUUAGCAUGCCAAAAACGUUGACACAUUUAUCGAUGGAAAAGUAAGGCCGAUUAAUAGACUUAUUUGAGGCUAGUUCGAUGUUUAGAGUGCCGUUCGUUUGAUGCAUUUUGUUUAGACAACAAGCUAGUAUAACAAAUCAAUGAAUUUGCAUUCAUCCUUGUGUUCCAAAAACUUAUCUUUUCCAAGAAAAGUUUAUUUUGUUCGUAAAAUCGCUAAAAUUAGUCAAUAAAAUGUGUAUUAUGAUUAGAUUAUAUCGUGAAGAAUUCAAACAAUUUCGCACGUAAGCUUUUCAUUGAAACCAGCAGUUUGUACUACGGUUAAUGUGCUGUUCAGUUCUUUUGAUAUGUUGGUGACUGUAAUAGUGUACUUGUUUAAGCAAUAAUACCCCUAUCGAAAUGUAUAAUAUCCCUAUCAAACACGGAAUAAAUACAUAUAGGGAUAAUAUCAGAAAACAUACAAUCUGACAUCAAAAUAAAGAUAUC